GAGGAGAGGAGAGGAGAGGAGCAGGACUACCAUGGCGCUUCGGAGUCGAGUCAAGUUUGCCAAAUGCCAAAUGCUGGUCACCAGCUUCUUUGUCUUGCUGCUGAGCCUGGCUGGGGCUUCCAUCGUGGUGCUCACACACUUUGGGGACCACUUUACUGUCAUCAGCCGUGCACCCUUAGAGAGGAGCCCCUUCCAGACCCUGGACCGCUGGGUGUUUGCUGUGGGGAUCAUCCUGGCGGGCCUGUUGGGCCUUGGAGCCGCCCUGAGUGCUGCAGCUACCGUGAGGGAGGCCCAGGGCCUCAUGGCUGGGGGGUUCCUGUGCUUCGCCCUGGUGUUCUUGGCUCUAGCACAGGUGGCCUUCUGGAGGCUCCGCAACCCCGUGCAGGUGGAGGAUGCCGUGCUGGACACCUAUGACCUGGUGUAUGACCAGGCGGUGAGGAGCCCGUCGGGCACCCAGAGCCAGGAGCUCACCGCCAUCCAGGACACGUUUCUGUGCUGUGGAAAGACCUCUCCUUUCGGACUCUUAGGGAGCGGGGAGGCUGACCUGUGUCAGGGCCCUGAGGCAGCAAGAGAGGACUGCCUGCAGAGCAUCAGGAACUUCCUGAGGACACAGGGGACCAUCACCUCCACCCUGACCAGUGCCGGCCUGGCCCUCACGGUAUACGCCAUGCUGCUCAGCGCCUUCCUCUGGCUUGCUAUCCACAAGGGCUGCGGCUUGGACCACAAAGACGGAUACUCCCUGACCCCACGAGCCCAUGGCUACCAGUGCCAGGAGCCCAGCCUCUUCAGACGUUUCCAGGAAGCACCCGUGCCUCGACACCCUUCUGAAGCAGAGGCGAUUCCAUAGCCAUGGAGGUCCAGCAGGACACCUGGGUGGCCCACGGUGGGGCAGGUCACCUACCUGCCCAGAGGGCGGGCGACGCUGGCCGUCGCGAAUCCUCCAGGGAGAUGAGGGCAGGGGGAGGGGAGAGCCGCCAGGCCGAUGCCUCCCUGAGGGUGGACCAGGCUGACCAGGCUAGGAGGACGAGGACAGAGGAGCCAGCACGAGGCAGGCCGGACUCCCGGUCAGUGCCGUCCAGUGCCCGCCAGCUCUGCACAGGCCCUCCCCCCUGGGCCCCCCCGGCCCCCCCGGGCUGUGCUGUAACACAGCAUCAACGUGGUCACUGGUCUCUGUGACAGCUUAGGGUAGGAAGGGUUUGUUCCGGCUCGGGGGCUCAGAGGCAUUGGUCUCAAAGCAGACCAGGAUGGUGGGAGCAUGUGGGGGACAAAGCUGCUUGCCUAGGGGUGGCCCGAAAGCAAAGGGAGGGACAGGAGGGAGGGGGUAAGGCGCACCCCGGCAGGGAAAGACGCCAACUUCCUCCAGUGGUCCUCGCCUCCCAGUUUCCCCCAGCCUCCAAUCACACCAGUGCAUCACAACUCCACCGCGGUGAAUCGGCCGACUCCCAGAGCCUCCCGGUCCGGCAGCCUCCCAGCCUCCACCUUUGGGCGUGGCAUGGGACACCAAGAGUUUGCAGCGUGAGGGCCUUUAUUUUGGGGGGUGGGGAGUGAUUUCCUAUCCAGACCUUAACAGUCCGUCAGAGGAGGACCUGCGCGAGGAACCUAAGCAAGACCCCCAUCUCAGUUCCUCAACUUAACCCUUGACCCAUGUCAGGCCCAAUGCCUGGAAUUACGAUACCUGAAAUUCCAGAACAGCCCUCCGAGGGUCUGGUGACCAUUGUCUAAACCAGACACCCUGCAGUUUAGCACCUGUCCUCUUGAGACUCCCCUGUGGUGCAAGCCAACCAGUUUAA